CUCGGUUGGGGGUAGUGGUGGGGUGUUUGAGCGGGCUGUCAUGGAGGCCUCGGCGGCUCGGGGGAGGGCAGAGGGAGGUUCGGCGAGUCCCGAUGUGCCGGAGGCGGCAGGUCAGGCAGGAACGCUGGUGGAGCGCUCCGGGACGCCCGGCGGCCUGGCCCUGGUGAGCCCCUACCACACCCACCGGGCCGGGGACCCCUUAGACCUCGUGGCGCUCGCCGAGCAGGUGCAGAAGGCUGAUGAGUUCAUCCGAGCAAAUGCUACCAACAAGCUGACAGUCAUAGCUGAACAAAUCCAACAUUUGCAGGAACAAGCCAGGAAGGUACUGGAAGAAGCUCGCAGAGAUGCUGACUUGCACCACGUAGCUUGCAAUAUGGUGAAAAAACCUGGCAACAUUUAUUACCUUUAUAAACGAGAGAGUGGUCAACAAUAUUUUUCCAUUAUUUCUCCAGAGGAGUGGGGAACAAGCUGUCCACAUGAGUUCCUUGGUGCCUACAAGCUGCAGCAUGAUUUGUCUUGGACCCCAUAUGAGGACAUUGAGAAGCAAGACGCUAAAAUCAGCAUAAUGGACAAGCUGCUAAGCCAGCCAGUAGCCCUGCCCCCAAACACUGAGCCCACCUUCCAGGGACUAACUCACUGAAUGUGGACUCUGAUCAGCAUCUCUCAUGAUGGGGUCCUGUCACUUCCUUGUUGCCCCAUUCUCUGCUUUGAUGAUAGAAGUCAUGAGAACCAAGGACAUAUAGGUAAAUCAGCUCCAUCUUGGAUAGAAUAUAAACGUUGUUAGUGUUGCUCUCAGAUGGCAUGGUAAGGAAUUGCAACACUCUUUCUGGGGAUCUGCUUGGGGCCACAGAUACUUAGCCAGUCCAUUUCAGAGGAUUGGCUAAUGUACUUUCUUUAUUCAUCUCCAGCGGUUCUUCCCUUAAGCCAAAGUAUUAGAGAAGGAAGAGUCUUCAUUUCAGUCAGGUUGGUGGGUCAUUUUCCAGAGGAGCCGGUUUUCAGUCUUUUAUUUCAGACUGAGGUUGAGCUAUCUCACAGCUGAUGUAAUGCCAGCUUCAGAUUCACCCAAGAAUCACAACAUUAUAUGUAUGAGGAUGAUUAAAACCACAACAACCAACCAAAUAAAACCUCAGCGUGGCUGGA